AUGAACGCCAUUUCUGCUUGGGGGACCGCCUUGCAUCGUUGUGGGUUGCACUCACCUUUGGCCAUACUGGCCAUGCUCACCCUCACCUUGUGCUGGUCUUGCUUGGGGUUGUGCGGUGGCGAUCCUGCUCGUGCUCGUGCCAUUGUCAUCAUCGUGGUCCUUGAUGUACUGUCCCCAUCGUUGUGCCGUCCUCAUCCUCAUCAUGCUGCCAUGCUGCCAUCCUCCUCCUCAUUGUCAUCCUGCCAUCCUCGUCCUCAUCAUCGUACUGUUGUCCUUGUCGUUGUGCUGCCGUCCUUGUCGUCGUUGUGCUGCCCUCAUUCUCCACCCUCGUGCCCUCCCCAACAUCGCACCAUCCUCAUCCUUGCGCCAUCGUCACCCUUGUGCCGUGGUGGCCAGGCCGACAUAAGCAGAAACGGCAGCAAUAUGCGCGCCGUCUCUGAUCUGGGGACCUCCUGUGUGGCCUGCACCUCGUACAUGGUUGUAUUCACCGUCACCGCUGUGGAGUCCAUGGCGCCAUCGUCUUCGACUCUCUGCCACAGGGCCUUCUUGGCCCUCGUUGCACUUGUCUCGGCUACACAGCCAUCGUGCUCGUUGUGGAAGGGGGGUGCCGACUUGGUUGUUGCGCAUCCCCAAGCUGUCAUGGUGGUCCGGUUUGCACUGUACGCCACUCGUGUACUCGCUGUUUUCCUCCCACUGUGUGAUGCUUGGAUGGAGGGCAGCCAGAAGGCAUAA